AUGUUAGAAGACCAACAAAUGGGAUCACAAACGUUGGAAAUUCUUAGACAAGGUGUUUGGGCUUCACUCACAGGAGGUUGGUUUUAUGAUCCUCACCAAGAUGUCUUUUGUAACACUUUUCAUCUCUACAUUUGGCUCUUUCUACUUUGUCUCCCCUUCACUCUCCAUGUGUAUUUUCCUCCAUCAUGGUACAUUUGGUAUUUCUACUGUGCCUCAGUGACAAUAGGGUUAGUGAUUGUAAAAUUGGUAAAUUAUGCUCUUCACCACAUGUAUGACACAACAGAAUGUAUAGAAGAAGAGAUUGAAGAUGAAUGGCAAGGUCAAAAAAAGGAAGAUGAAGGAUUUGAAUUACAAGUUUUACCCAGUAAAUCUAAGGGACGCAUGAGGGCAAUAGCACAUUUUGCAGAAAUUGAGACUGGGCCCAUGCACAGCACUGAUGCAGAGAGCUUGGAAUCCUCUGAAUUUCUGCAGUUUCAAAUGGAUCAAGCUGAUGGGGCACAAAAACCAAGCAGUACAAUUGACCUCAAAGCUGAGGUGCACAGAAAAAAUUCAUCUGAAAGCAGUGAAGAUCUUGCCAGUGCCCCAAUAGUAGAGGUAGUUACCCAUGUGGAGCCUUCUGAACCUAGAAGGCUUAAAUGCUCCUCAGAUAGGAGACCCAAACACCACCAACGUUCUAAGACUGAUGGUUUUGUCACAUUUUCCAUCAAGGAUGAGAAAAGAGGAGGUCCCAUGAGGCAGAGGCCUUCUCUGCACAGUGUGGAGGGUGAUCAGGGCUCCAGCUCAAAUUUUGGAGCAGAGGGGGGCAGGAGGCAUUCAAAUUUCACCAGUAUGGGGUUUUUGCCUGCUACUGCUGCUGUUCAAGUUGAUAUUAAACCAACAGGUAGUUUGGAACUGGCCUACAUCGACAAGCACCCCCACCAGCCGCUCGCCUCCGACACCUUCUACUUCCGGCCGCCCGCCGCUCCCCCCGCCGCCCCGGGCGUGCGCCGCAUCCGCUCCACCUUGCUGGCCGCCUGCUGCCCGCCGCCCGCGCUGGCGGCCCACCCCACCAGUCUGGAGGGCAUCGGGGGCGGCAAGGGGGCGCUGCCGCCGCCCAGCGCCUGUCUCACCAGGAACAGGCACCUCAAGCUGUGUCCCUACUACGGUUCUGAGAUCGUGUAUGCCAUUGCUGAGCAGUCCGACGAGCAUCAGACCUCGCACGGGCCAGAUACCGACGUGGACAGUGUCGUACAUGGAUCUGACUCGGAGUUUGAGGAAAACAGACAGGGUAGCCACAGUCCGUUGCUGUACAGCAAACCGAGCAAGCGGACAGCCGUGCCUUACCCCCCGGGGGGCCCCGACCCGAAAGGCCGCCCUCUCGACAGAAGCGCCCCUCCCACGGACCAGCCCCUGGCCACCUCCAAGGACCACCUGCUCGACGACGCCGACGAGAAUUCCAACUCGAGCGCCACGCCAGACAUGCAAGACGCCAGGGGCGACAUUUACAGCACCGACGAUGACGUCAGCGAGAGGAAUUUGUCGUUGAGGAGUAGUACGAGCGUCGAGGCUAGCGAGGACAAAAGAGAGGGGGAGGGGGAGGGAAGCAAAAGGCGGGAGGUGAGGGGUGAAGAAGAAGAAGAUACGAGUGGAGAAUGUGGGGCAAUGCUUCUGAGAAAGAGAAAUAUAAAAAAGAACAGAAGGAAAGGGAAAGUGGACAAGAGUAAAAAGGAAACAGAAUGCAGGAGGCAAGGAAAUUUCUCCAGUCUUGUAGAACUGGAUUUGGAUUGGCUGUUUGAAGAUGAAGGUCACAGGUUGAAACAUAGAAAAGAGCCUUUGAAAAGGGACACGGAAUGGUCUAGCGCAACGACAGUAUCCCUCGAGCAUGACGUCAGCAAAGUGUUGCAAGAAACCGUCCCAGCUGCCACCCGCAGCUUGGGGGCCAUCCCCAAGAAGACUCGGGCUCCCCUAACAGAACAACCAUCCUCCUCCAGUGUCAAGAAACCACCCAAGAGCGAAUCGGAGAAAUGCAGUGUUUGUAGGUCGAAAACGAGAAGAAUAGGGGUUUCUCAAAAAGAAAACAAAGUAACACAGACAGUUGGGACUGUGAGACAAUCCGAAAGUCCUACUCUCGUAGACGGGCUAGAAUGUGUAGUUUAUUCGCCUCCGGCUAUCCCUCUGGCAAGAAUAGGAGCUACUAAACGAGGUUCAGCUGGCAGCAAGCAGGAGCACCGCUGCCCCCCGAAACCCGAGGAGGCCUCCUCCAGCGGCUCGAACAACGAGCUGAGCACCCUGCUGCCCCCCGCGCCCUUGCUCUCGGCCUUCCUGAGCGCCAGGCACGGCGACUACCCGCUGGCGCUGGUCUCCAGCAUGGCGGCCACUCAGGAGAUGCUCAGGGCCGAGAGGCAGCCCACGAACAGGUCGCGGUUGAAGCGGACCACCAGGGUCAACAGGAGGAGGUCUGUUCAGAUGGCUAGAAAGGAGACUGCCAUAGCCACUUCACUGUCUGCAGGUUAUGGUACACACAGUGCCAAAAAUUUCAAUGAUACUAGUGACGGUGCAGUACAUUGUUUCCUGGACGAACAAGGAAAUUGGGUCACUUAUACGUUUGACGAAAAAAGUGUUGGCACCGCCAACGCGGCUGCCGACUCGGGCGGCACGUCCAUCACAACCGCCCCCAUCGAAAAGACCGCCCCGCCCCGCCGCCGCAGCGACCCCGCUGCCGCUGCCCGACCGUCCCGCCUGCCCGCCGCCGAUCCGUGGGACAGCAACAGCACCGACUCCGUCUGCAACAGUUCCGUGUCGACCAUCUUGGACGCGUCGUCAGCGCAAAAGGCGCCGCACGCUCGGCUGCCGCCAGCCGCGCCGGAAGAGCUCACCGGUCUCACGAGGCUGCUCCAGCACGCCAAGUUCCAGUUUAUUCAGGCGCAGAGUAUACCGAAGAAGACGAGAAAUUACUACAGAUUUCGCGUGACCCCCUGGAGCUACGUGAAGGUAAGCCUGGACCGCCUGAAGCUGCUCGCGCUGCUCGACAGGAACCUCACCCUCCGAGAAACCCUGCUGUCCAUCGCCCUGGGCAGCCUGGUGGGCGUGUUGGGCGCCAGCCUGCUCUACGCCCAACACUACCGGGACCUCCUAGCCUUCAUAUUCUGCUUCGUGAUGGCCAGCUGCCAAUACUCCCUGUUGAAGAGCGUACAGCCAGACGCCGCCAGUCCCACUCACGGCUUCAACAGGGUGAUCGCCUAUUCGCGGCCGAUCUACUUCUGCAUUUUCUCCGUGCUGGUGCUGGUGUUGGACGCGCACGCUAGUGAAGAUCGGGGCUACCAGCUGGCUGCCUUGUCCUUCGAUCGCCAGCAACUGCUCCUCAUCUCCAGGGACUUUCUCCUCGUCUUCAUCCUCGUGUUCCCGUUCCUCUUCUCCCUUGGUCUCUUCCCGCAAAUCAACACCUUUCUCAUGUACCUGCUCGAGCAGAUCGAUAUGCACCUGUUCGGAGGCAACGCGGCCGCCAGUCUCUCUGCUUCUCUCUUUUGCGUGCUGCGCUCCCUAUUGGCCGUUACCGUGCUCACUGGAUUGGCGUACGGCGGGUUGAGCGAGAGCAGGGGGGCGCAGCACGUGCUGUUUUCCAUUUUCUGCGCGUGCAUUGUCGCGUGCUCCUACCAUUUGAGCAGGUGCUCGAGCGAUCCCGCGCACCUGUGGAACGUGGUGAAGGGACACCUGUGGCUGCCCGACGUGUACAGGGAGCAGAGGCCGGAGGGGGGGAAGGGGAAGAGGGGCGAAGAGGAGAAGGGGGACGGAAAGGACCACCCGACGACGAAACCGCCCAACGACCGCCCUCCCAAAUCCGUGAAAUUCGACUCGCCUCCGACCGCUGCCGACCCCGCCUCCCAAGAGGACGACCCGCUGCCACACCGCCUCCACCAGACCGUCACCGACCGCCUCAAGCAUGACGCUAUCGCUUGCACCGUCAUAGCGUUGGCGGCGUUCGGCGUGCACGCCAGCACCGUGUUCACCGCCCUCAGGCCCGAGCUGGGGCCCGUGCUGUGGGCGGGCGGGGCGGCCAUCGGGUUCGCUUUGCACUACGUCGUGCCGCAGAUGCGCAAGCAGCUGCCGUGGCUGUGCGUGGCGAGGCCGAUCCUGCGCGCGCAGGAGCACGAGCAGUACCAGGUCAGGGGGCCGGCCAGGAUCAUGUGGUUCGAGGCGUUGUACGUGUACUUCUGCUUCAUGGAACGCAACGUCUUCUACCCGCUGCUCUUCCUCUCCGUCCUCACCGAAGACUCGCCACACCUGGCCGACAAAUACGGCCCGCUGCUGGGCGGCCUUUUCGCGGCCGUGUGCGGCUUCAAGUGCCUCAGGAGCGCCUACUCGGACCAGAGCGUCCAGUACCUGGUGCUCACCUUCACCGCGCUGUGCUUCAAGUACGACUGCCGGGCAGGCAUGGAGUGCUUCCUCGUCGGGUACUUCAUCAUGAGUAUUGUCUAUCAGAAGGUGAACGAGCUGUUGUUGAAGAUCCAAUUCGUCGUGACGUACAUAGCCCCGUGGCAGAUCACGUGGGGCUCCGCCUUCCACGCGUUCGCGCAGCCCUUCUCCGUACCACACUCCGCCAUGCUGUUCCUGCAGGCGUCGGUGUCGGCCGUGCUGUCCACGCCGCUCAACCCCUUUCUCGGCAGCGCCAUCUUCGUCACGUCGUACGUGCGGCCCGUCAAGUUCUGGGAGCGGGACUACAACACGAGACGGGUGGAUCAUUCCAACACGCCGCUGUCGUCGCAUCUGGACAGGAAUUUGGGGGCGGACGACAACAAUCUCAAUUCGCUGUUCUACGAACACCUCACCAGGUCGUUGCAGCGUUCGCUAUGCGGUGACUUGAAAAUGGGUAGAUGGGGGCUCGUCAAUCAGGGGGACUGUUUUGUCCUCGCCUCUGACUACUUGAAUUGUCUCGUCCACAUCAUCGAGAUGGGCAACGAUUUGGUGACGUUUCAGAUGAGGGGGUUGGAGUUCAGGGGUACUUAUUGUCAGCAGAGGGAGGUCGAGGCGAUCACCGAAGGGGUUGAGGAGAACGAGGGUUGUUGCUGUUGUGAUACCGGCCACAUUCCCAACAUGCUGAGUAUCAACGCGGCUUUCAGUCAACGUUGGCUUGCCUGGGAAGUGACAGCUGCCAAAUACAUCCUCGAAGGUUACAGCAUAUCAGACAACAGCGCCGUAUCUAUGCUGCAGGUAUUCGAGUUCCGGAAAAUUUUGGUUUCCUACUACGUCAAGAGUAUCAUCUUUUAUCUGAUUCGAUCACCGAAACUGGAAGAAUGGUUGGCUAAUCGGACGAUAUUGAAGGCCCUACAGCCGAUGGAGCACCGGAAUUUCGUAGAUUUAGAUCCGGUCUUCAACUACAACAUCGACGAGGAUUACGACAUGUCGAACAGCGGGAUGACCAAGAAUAUGUUCGUGCAAAUUCACGGCGAUUGGAUAUCGUAUUGUAUCGAAAGAUCCGACAAGAACAUCGAUACGGGAAUCAACUCCGAUCUGAUUCUGUUCUGCUUCGCCCUGAGUCUCUUAGGUAGAAGAACGUUGGGCGCCGUCUCCCACAACACCGUGUCCGGCGUCGAGUUUUUUCUUUACGGCUUGCACGCCCUCUUCAAGGGCGACUUCCGCAUAUCGUGCGCCCGAGACGAGUGGGUGUUCACCGACAUGGACCUGUUGCGCACCGUGGUGGCGCCCGGCGUCAGGAUGUCGCUGAAGCUGCACCAGGACCAUUUCAUGUCGCCCGACGAGUACGAGGAGCUGUCGGCCCUCUACGAGGCGAUUUGCAAGCACGAGGAGGAGUUGGUGAUUUCGCACGAGGGGGAUCCGGCGUGGAGGAGGGGGGUGCUCAGCGGUACGGCCAGCUUGCUCGCUCUAAGGCACGUUUUGGACGAGGGCAAAGAAGAAUACAAAAUCAUAAUGCUGAACAAGCGUUUCCUCAGCUUCCGCGUCAUCAAAAUCAACAAAGAGUGCGUUCGAGGCUUGUGGGCGGGCCAACAGCAGGAGCUGGUCUACUUGCGCAACCGCAAUCCCGAAAGGGGCAGCAUCCAGAACGCCAAACAGGCGCUCAGGAACAUCAUCAAUUCGUCCUGCGAUCAGCCCAUCGGCUAUCCCAUCUACGUGUCGCCUCUGACGACCAGUUACGCGGAGACCAACGAGCAGCUUUGCAGCUUGGUGGGCGGAUCGGUCAGCUUCAAGAAGAUCAGGAAUAAUGUACUGAGUCUCUUCCGAAGGAUUCGAAAGAGAUGUGGCGAAGGCUGCUCCAGCGGCUCGGCGAACAGAGAGGAGAUAUGUAUGGGUCACGAAGGCAUUUACGCGAUGACGCCCAUCUCUACCUUGGUCCAUCACGCGGGCAGCCAAUCGACUGACGGCUCCCACUUGGGCGGCAGCAUCGGGAGAGGCUCGAGCCUCAGCAGGACGUCGUUGGGCGGCAACAGGGGCAGUCUGGUGUCUAUGGGCAAACCGACCAGUUCCACUCUGGCCAGUCUGGCAGGGCUUUUCAAGGAGAAGGACGACAGGGCCAUCUCACAAACGCCCGAUGCCCAGGCGAGGGCGGAUGAGCGACUGGGGGAUGUUAACGGGGUGGGGGAGAAGGAAUACGUCACCACUAGGAUUCGGAUCGUCGAUCCAAACUUGGUGUACGAUGCUAUUAAUUUAGGCAGAAGAAUAGACGUUAUAUGGCCGACUGAGUACAUGAGAAUCCGAGGGGGGCGAUCAUAUUGGAAAGACUGGGUGCCAGAAGCUCUAAUGGAAGGCCCAGUGGUGCAUAAGUGGAUACCCUGCCACAAGGACCCGAGCAAGAGAUCUCACGUCGACAGAACCAUUCUGCUGGUCCAAAUCGAAGACAGGUUCGUACCGAUAGCGGAGAGCGGUUGCCAAGAUUUGGGGCCCGAGGUAUAG